AUGAUCGGCGACGAGCUAUUCGGUGCGGGACAUGUAACCACGACUGGGCUGGUUGCCUGUGCCAGUGCGCUUGUCUAUCUACUAUUCAAAGGCUAUCAAGCCCGGCUUACGUUCUACCGUCUCCGCCAGCAAGGAAUGCCGAUGCCACCAUGGAAUUCCAUCCUAGGACAUCUCCUUGCCGUUCCACCAGUUAUGAAAACGCUACCUGAAGAUACACAGCAGCCUGAUGCCUUUGAGGCUCUGUGCCGUGCGAAUGAGAAAAAGGAUGCCGAUUCCAUUAUCUAUCUAGACAUGUGGCCGUUCGCUGACCCUAUGAUGGUUAUUUGCUCACCCUCGCCUAUUCUGCAUGCCUUUUUGAAUCCGUUAGCUGGCGGCGCAAACUUGUUCACCAUGAAUGGGCCCGAAUGGAAGCGUUCUCGUUCACUCUUCAACUCAGGCUUUAGUGCCAGCUACAUUUUACAGCAGACGUCUCAUGUUGUAGAUGAGGCUGAAGUCUACGUCGAUAUUUUGAGAGAACAUGCUCGAAUAGGUGAAAUGUUCUCUCUAGACGAUGUGACUUGCUGGUACAUGAUGGAUGUUAUCGGUGCCGUAACCUUAGACUCGCGACUCCAUUCUCAACAGCAGUUCAAUCCCCUAGCAUCGGCAUUGCGCCGGCAAAUUCGUUGGCAUGUCCUUGACAACGAGUGGAAUCUUCUAAUUAGAUGGAACCCAGCUCGCCCCUUUGUGCAAUGGUACAAUAGCUACCAGAUGAACAACUACAUAUCCCAGGAACUUGACAAGCGGUAUGCCGAAUGGACCGAGGAUGAGACAGCCGCUUCGUCGCGCUCUAUCAUCCAUCUUGCCUUAGCAGGUUACAUGGCCCAGCAAAAGGACAAGCCGCGCCCCAAGAAACUUGACCCAGCUUUCAGGGACUGGGCCACAGUGCAAAUACGCCUGUUCCUCUUUGCUGGCCAUGAUUCUACAUCGUCUACAAUCUGCUAUUGCUUCUACCUCCUACAAUCUCACCCCGAAGCCAUGGCCAAGCUUCGCGCCGAGCAUGAUGCCGUAUUCGGUACUGUCAUUACUAAAACGGCCAACACAAUGCACGAACAGCCCCAUCUACUCAACCAACUCCCCUACACCACGGCAGUUAUUAAAGAAUCCCUACGUCUCUUCCCUCCUGCGUCCGCGAUGCGUGGCGGCCAACCCGGCGUAUAUCUCCAGGACGACAAGGGCAACAGAUAUCCGACCGAGGGAACAAAUAUGUGGAUUCUACAUUCAGCCGUACAACGCAACCCGAAAUACUGGCCUUCAGCAAUGAAAUUCAUACCCGAGCGCUGGCUCGUGGAGCCGGGCGACCCACUGUACCCCGUUAAGGGGGGUUGGCGCCCCUUUGAGCAUGGGCCGCGAAAUUGCUUGGGUCAAACUUUAGCUAUGCUCGAUGUGAAAAUCACACUGGCGCUUACCAUGCGUGAGUUUGACAUUAGGCAUGCGUAUGAUGAACGGGAUCGCUUGCACCCUACGAGCAAGGUUAAGAGUGUUAACGGCGAACGCGCUUACCAGACGCAAUCCGGAGGGGCGCAUCCUGCCGAUGGUUAUCCGUGUCGGGUCAGCUUGAGGAAGUAA